AUGGAGUACGGCCGGGACUACGAUAGGCAGCGAGGCGAAGGAUUACGAUACGCGGAGCGAGGAGAGUAUUCGGAGCAAGGAGGGUUACCAUACUCGGUGCACGAGUAUUCACAGCGUUUCGCCAACGCCUCGACGUCGCAAGCGCUCGUUUUAGCGGAAGGGACUUCGUUUCUACCGCGUUUUUCUAACGAUGGGGACUCAGGCGAGGGCUCCCGUCCCGUUGUAAGCCCGAAUACGAGGUUCGCCCGUCAUGUGGUUGAGACGCUAUCGCGUUCGAUCGAAGACGACGCGGGGGAAGGGGAUGCUGGUUGUCCGUUGGCGGAAGGGCAGCGAUGGGUGAAUGACGGGGGGCCCGCAGGGGACGCAUACGGGGAGGAGCAGGGGGGGGAAGAGGACGGAGCGCCGCGCGGUAACUGGGAUCGAUCUGCUCUGCAACGGGAAGGCAGGGGGGGAAGCUCGCAGGGGCCGUGGGGCUCACAGGAGGUCCGCUUUCCGCCGCAAGGGAUGCAAGGGCGUGACACAUCUCAAUUUCAGGGGCGAGGCGAGCGCGCCGGCGUACGCGGGAGCGACGGCGGGGGAAACCAGCGCAUGAUUGCGGAAGGCGGCGCACGCGAGAUGCUAGAUCCCCGCUUUGGUUCAAACUUACCGGUAGAGUCGGACCGGCAGCCCUCGCGCGGCCUUUCCGUUAGAGUUGACGGCCUUCGCGAAGGAGCCGUCGGGGGAGGUUAUGCGGAGGCGGGCGGAGACGCAAGGGACGCGGAAACUGGAGGGGGAAACUUCCCCGCGCCGAAGGCGGGCGCGGAGCGGAGCAGGCGGAACCUGACGGCGGUUGACGGUGCAGUUCCUGUUUUCGCUGAUGGGCAGCCACAGCGAAACGGAGCGUGGGUUAACGGGCUCGAAAAAAUGCGUUCGGCGCCUGCACUUCCCGACGGGGUGUAUGACGGUAGCGGGAACGCUUUUAACGGGGACGAGGGCAGCCCGUUGGAUUCAGCACACGGAGCUGCGCCCGGCGGGAUGGACGGCGAUGGACCCGCCGCGUUUGGCGCUGCUAUGGCUGCUGAAAGGAGAUCCGCGCCGUCCUACGGAUGCCCUAGAGGCGUGCUGGGUGCUCGAUCGUCCGUCUUCGCUUCCCUCCCCUCCUCCUCCUCCGGUUUUGGAGCCCUUCCCUCUGAUAUGCUGUCACCGUUUCCCUCCAGCUUGCCCGCCGCGUUGUCGCGUCCCCCUGGGAAACGCGCGGAGUUGGAGGGCGCGGGCGCGGACGCGCGGGGGAUUUCUCCGCGGAGUGGCGCAUUCACCGGACGCUCGAGCGGGAACGAGUGGGAAGAGGCGGCUUUGCGCGGAGCGGAAGAGGAAACGGUGGAAGCAGGGUUGCGGCGCCUGCGGGAGAAGGCGGUAGGCGGAGAACGUGCGCUGUUCGCCCGUCCGAGAGAUCGCGAGCCGGCGGUUGGGCGGGGGAAUAUCGACCGAGAGACGGCAGCGGCGGCAGGAGGCGGAGGAAGCAGCAAAGGAAGGUUUUUUUUUGGAAGGGCAGGAAUGGCAGUAACGGAGAAGGGCAAGGUACAGAACGGUACUGCUUGGGAAACAGCAGGGUGUGAUUAUGAAGCGGAGGUUGAGGCAGAGACAGGGAUGGGUGGGGAGCGGAUGGGAUGGGAGGAAGGGUUGCAGAGCGGGGCGUGGAGGUCUGAGCGAGAGUACGAGCACCAGCGGGCGCGGCAGCAGGCACAGCAGAAGCAGUUGCGGCGGCAGGAGCAGCAGCAGCAGGAGCAGCGGGAGCAGGAGGGGAGAACGAUAGAGCAAACGGAAGCUGCGUUUGGCGAAAAGGAUCGCUGGGGUAAACGACAGGCUUGGAGUUGUGACCCGGUUACUGCAGGCCCAUCAACGUCAGGCGUGGAGGCAUACGGCGAGGAGAUGGAGAGGGGGGACGACAGGUGGGGUAAACGACCGUCCCGCGCGUCUCUAGAUUCAGAGGAGCUGAGCGUUGGAGAGAGGGGGAGAAUGAGGGACAUGAGAGCACGCAGAGCAGCAGCAGCAGCGGCGGCGGCGGCUGCGGCGGCGGCAGGUGCAGCGGGUAUGGAUCAUCUGGGUCGCAUGGGGAGUGGGGCGGCCUGUUUGGAGGAGGAUGUGCCAGGGGUGGGUGGUCUUGGUAGUCUUGGCAUGGACUUUAUGGGUGCGGAGGCGAUGGGUGGUGCAGGUGGGGCGGUGGGCAUGGGAAGAAGCCCGAGAGAAUAUGGCGUGCAGGCGGGGAGAAAAAGGAGCAUGUCGCCCGGAGGGAGGAGUGAGAGGAGUGGGUGGAGCGGGCGCAGUGGGAAGAGUGGGAGGAGUGGAAGGAGCGGGAGGAGUGGGAGGGAGCAUUGGCCACAGCCAAAGCAUGUUGCUGUAAAGAGGAGGAAAAAUGGCGAGAGCAGAAACAGUGGCGACCCUCAGCAGCAGCAGCAGCAGCAGCAGUCGCCACUCUGCACGCCUGAAACGAUGCAAGCCUUUAUGGCUUUCCAGGCUUUCAUGAGCCAACAGCAGCAGCAGCAGCAGCAGGAAGGAGGGCAGCAGGGUUCGUUCGCGCUUCCUCCCGUGGCCCCUGAGUCCAUACAUGCGUUUCUGGCCUUUCAAAGCUUCAUGGGCCAGCAGCAGUCACAAUCGCAACAGCGGAACGAGCAGGAGCAAGACGAGCAGGAGGAGCGGGAUGAGCGGGAUGAGCCGCAGCGGCAGCAGAGGCAACAGCAGAGGGGGCAGCAGAGGGAGGUGUUCGGUCGCCCACCUCUACCCGUCCAUCAGCGACGCCCCUCCAAGUCUCCUGAACUCGUCACUCAACGCACCACCUCUGCUUCACGUUCUUCCGCCCCCCGCUCCCCCCACUCCUCCGCCCCUCGCUCCCCGCUCUCGUCCGCCCCCCGCUCCCCCCACUCCUCCGCCCCGCGCUCACCCCUUCCCCACACGUCCCCCGCACUCCGAACCUCCUCCCCCACCCCCCGCAUGCCGUCCCGCUCUAUCUCCCCCGCCCCCUCCGCCGCCCCUAGCAGCGCUUCCCCCUCCCCCCGCCCCCUGGCGCUCUUUGAGCGCAUCACCCGCCGCCGCCAGUCUAGCCCCAGUGGCUCGCGCCCCCCGUCCGCCAAUAGCAGGCCCCCUAAGUUCCCCCCGCGCGCCACCCCUCCCGCUGCUUAUAGCGGAGAGGGCGAUGGUAGGGAUUAUAACGCGUAUGCCCAGGCAGGAGGGAGGGGAGGGGGUAGCCGAGUGGGGAGUGAGGGGGGGAGUAUGGGGGGGGUGAGGGAAAGUGGUUAUGAAGGAUCUGAUUAUAGGGAGGGGAGUAGAGGGAGCGUGAGGGAGAAGGGAUGGGGCGUGGGCGGGAAGGAAAAGCGGCAGGGGAUGAGGAGGGAAGAAGCAGAGGUUAGUGACUGGGGGAGGAGUAGUGAUAGGGGGAGGGCGAGUGAGUGUGAGAGGGAGAGGGAGAGUGAGGAGGAGGUGCUGUUGAGAAUGCAGAGGCUGGAACAGGAAAUCAGGAGUGGUCAUCAGCAGGAACAGCAGCGCCAGCAGCAGCAGCAGGAGCAACAGCUGCAAUCGCAGCAGGAGCAGCGACAGCAGCAGCAGCAGCAGCACCAGCGUUCCCCCACCCCUCCAUCAAGCCCCUUCUCCACCACGCCAAACCCCUUCUCCACCAUGCCAAACCCCUUCUCAGCACCUCUCCCAACCAACAACACCUUCCCCUCCUUCGCACCGACCUUCCCUCAAGGCCUGUCCCAUGCCCCAGCCGUUUCUGCCGUCUCUGCUGCCAUCGCUGCCACUCCGAAUGCCCCUGCGCCUGGCGCGCAGUUGCCAGGUCUUCUCACCAACAUAAAUACCACUAGCAUAAAUCCCUCUAGCGUGAACCCGACUGGCAUGAACCCCACCUCUCCCUCCCCUCCUCCUCACUUCUUCAGCACCUCGCCGUUCCAGUCCCUAGCUUCCCCAGCCUUCCCCAACCAGGCCCUCCCGAACCCCCUUCUCUCGAACCAGUUCCUGCCGAACCAGCUCCUUCCAAACCAAGUCCUCGCGAACCAGCUCUUCCCGAACCAACUCCCAGCAGGCUCCCAAAACCCAGUCGUAUCCAUGCCUCUUGCCCCGCCCACUCUCUCAAUCCCUCUCUUCCACCCUCUCUCAGGGCCCUCUAUGCACCUCAGAGCAUUAGUAGGCCUUCAGGCAGAGUCCCAACAGAGCAACUCCGUCUCUCUGCCUGUUGGCGGGGCUUCUUUAGGGAUUUCCCCGGCUGGAGGGGGGUUUUUCUGUGGUGCCCCUGGCACGGCGGCGGCUGGAGGGUGUUUAGCUGGUGCUGCUGCAGGGAUGGCGUCUGGGGCGCUGGGGCUUGCGGGAACAGGUGCUGGGGUUGCUGCAACUGCAGCGGGGAUGCUGGGGUGUGGAGCUAUGGGUGCUGCAGGGUCGGGUGCGGUGCUGAUGAGUGCGCAGGUUUCCCCGCAGAUGGCUCUGCUGCAGAAGUAUCAACAGUACCAGCAGCAGCUGCUGCUGCUGCAGCAGCAGCUGCUGCUGCAGCAGCAGGGGAGGCAGGGGCAGCAGGGGCAGGGGCAGGGGCUAGGGCAGGCGCAGGGUGCUAGAGGCAGUGGGCAGGAGGGGAAUGGUGGGUCUGGCAAGAGAAGUGGUCAGAUGGAUGAGGAGUGCCGUUUGGAGGGCCGUGAGAGAGGAGAAGAGAGGCUUGAUGUGGGUGGGAGAGGAAGGGAGGAGGGGAGGGGUGUGAGUGAGGGUGAGAGGAGAAGAGGGGUUGAUGUGGGUGGUGGUGGUGGUGAUGAUGGGGGUAGCGAGGAGAAUGGAGAGGAGGAAAGGGAGGAGGAGGAGGAGGAUGGGUGGACGAGAGAUUUGUCACGGAGCAGAGGCAGGAGUUGGGAGAGUGAGAGUGAGAGCGAGAGCGAGAGUGAGGGAGGGAGUUCAGUGAAUAGGCUAUCGAGUAGACUAGAGGGGAGGAGGAAGAAGAGGAGGAGAAGGAGAAGGGAGGAGGAGGAAGAUUAUGAAGAGGAUGAGGGUGAUGAAAACGAGGGGGACAGUAGGGAGGUAUCAGAGCGAGAGGAAGAGCGGCUGAGGAAAAAGGAGGCUGAGGCCAAUUCUCUCAACCCCACCGCUCUCAACCCCUCAGCACUGAACCUUUCUGCUCUGAACCCCUCUGCGCUGCACGCGUUAUCUGCCAACCCUGCUGCCCUGGCCCUCUCAGGAUUCAACGCCUCUUCAUUGAACCCUUCGUCCUUCAAUGCCUCUUCCUUCAACGCCUCAUCGUUCAACAACUCUUCCUUUUCCGGUUCGCCUCUCCGCCCCUCCUCCCCCUUCCAUCCAUCCUCCCCCUUCCACCCGUCCUCCCCAUUCAACCCCCCUGGGAGCUCCCUGCUAGGCAAUCCCCCCAGUAGUUCCCUCAACAGCAAUCCUCCUACCAGCUCUAUGCUCGGUAACCCCCCCACCAGCUCUAUUAACGGUAACCCUCCCACCAGCUCCCAGCAUUUCAGUGCCUCUCACGAGGGGAACACGGGCAAUGAUUUUGAUGCUUUUCGGGCAGCUUUUGAGGCCUCUCAGAGGAAUGCGGGCAGCGGGCCGGAACCUUUUCCUCCUCUCCAGUCUCCUCAAGCUUUCCAGGCCUUUCAGUCCUUUCAGUCUCAAAGAAAUGCUUCAGAGGGCAAUACGGGCAGUGGCGUUCAGGGUCCGAAUGGUUUUCAGUCGAUGCAGGCGUGUCAGUCGUCUCAAAACAAUGCUUCGGACGGCAAUACAGGGAGUGGAGCUGAUGCUUUCAAGUCCUUCCAAGCUUUCCAAGCUUUUCAGGCAUCUCAGGGUUUCCAGUCAGCACAAGGAAAUGGGGGGAGUGUUGCCCCUCCUGCCGCUGCAGCUGCUUUGGCGUGUGGAUUGGGCGAGGGGUUGAGAGGGGUGAGGAUGGGUGGGGAACGGGGUGGUGCGGUUGGUGCUGGUGCUGGAGAGGCGGAGGAAGAGGAGGAGAGAGAGGAAGAGGGGGAGAGAGGAGAAGAGGAGGAGAGGGAGGGGAAGGAGGCAUUUCAAGGAGCGGGGCAGGGAGGGGGGCACGAAGGCGUGCAGGGAAGGAGGCAUGGAGAGGGGCAGGGAGGAGAGUGUGAGGAGGCAGUGGGAUGGCAGGGCAUGCAGUUAGUCGUGCACUCUGGGAGCAUGCCACUCCGAUAUGGAGGAGGGGGGCGGGUUUUCUCAGGCAAUGGGGGAGAGGGUGAGGGGGGAAGGGAUGAUGAGGGAAGGGGUGACGAUGGAGGGGGUGAUGGGGGAGAGGAAACAGGGCAAUACAGUAUGCGAAGCCCAGGGGAAUACCUUAGGGCCCGGCAGCAGCAGCAACAGCAGCAGCAGCGUCCUUCCCUUCCAUCCCACCCGCAGCAAAAGGCUCCUUCGCCUACGUGCCCCCCCCUCUCCUCCCCAUCUCCCACUCGAAACUCGCCCCUUCCCUCCCCUCACUGCUCUCCCCUUCCCUCCCCUCACCGCUCUCCCCUUCCCUCCCCUCACCGCUCUCCCCUUCCCUCCCCUCACCGCUCGCCCUUUCCCUCUCCUCACCCCUCUCCCCUUCCUCAGUUUAAGUCGAAUCAACAAUUCGCUCGUCCCUCCUCUCCCCUUCCCACUCCUCCUCCUCCUCCCCACACGCAGUCUCGUUUUGACAUGUCUCCUCCUCCCCACAACCGUUCCUGCACUCCCCCACUCUCCCGCCCACCCACCCCUCCUCCUGCUUCUUCCAUCCCCACCGCAUUUGAGACGUCUCAAAAGACACUCCCAGUCUCACGCCCACCCACCCCUCCUGCUCCUUGCAUUCCCAACGCUCUAUCCACUCCUCCUUCCCCUCACGUCCCUUCUGCCCCCCGCCCUUCGCCUUCCUCCGCCAAUCAUGCCUCUCCCAACCUCCCUCCCCCCAGCCUAUCUCCCACAAACCUCCCUCCGAGCGUCCCUUACCCCUCCCCUACUCGUAGCCCUCUCAACACCCCUACACGCCCACCCUUCACAACUCAACCUCGGCCCCUGUCUGCCACUCAUGCUACCAACAAUAGGAACACUGAUAACACUGUUCAUACUGGUAACACGGGUAACACUGGUAACACAGGUGACACGGGUGACAACGAAAUGUGCAUAGAGCCCCCCUCCCCCCCUGGCUCGUCCGACCUUCCCGUUUCCUCCACCCGAUCCGCCCACUCGGUUGGGAACGAGGAUGGUAGCUUCGGGUGGCACACCGCGCCAGGCUCGGGCACACCGAACCAAGCCCCGAACCAGAAUACAAGGAGGUAUGGGCAGGUGAACCAGCUGAGUCUGGACGCGUCCAGGAGCUCUGGGCAUUCGGUUGGGACGAUCAAAGCAGCCUCGGUUUCAGGUUCGGGCAACCAAGGCCCAGCAUUCGGUUCGGCGCCAGGCUCGGGCCAAGGCUUGGGAAGCAGCCCCAGGCCUGGCUUGGGGUCGCCCAUGCCUGGGGGCUCCCCUAGAGUCCCUCGAGGGUUUGGGUCCCUGGUGAUGGGGGGACUGGCAGGAGGAGGAGGAGCAGGAGUAGGAGCAGGAGGAGGAGGAGGGGUAGGGGUUAAAGCAGGAGGAGCAGCAGGAGCAGGAGGAGCGGGUGCAGCAGGGGGAGGUGCGACAGCGGGAGGUGCGACAGGGAAAUAUGUAACAGGGGGUGGUGCGGCAGGGGGGGUUGCAGGAGCUACUGGUGUGCCCAGGAGGCAAAGAUUCACUCCCCCUCCUCUUCCCGCCCACUCCUUCGCCUCUGCUGCUUCCUCUCCCCUCCCCAGCCCCACUGCUCCUCCUUCCAGUCCCAUCAAACCCUCUGCUGCCGCCGAUCCAGCCACCCCCACACCCAGUGCUACCGCACCCAACGCCUCCAGUUCCAGACCCUCUACUCCCACCAUCCCUACUGCUCCAGCCCCUAGUCCCAGACCCCCCACUCCCACCGCCCCCACUGCCUCCUCCCCUGCUCCCACUGCCCCCACUCCCACCGUUCCCACUCCCACCGCCCCCACUCCCACCGCUCCCACUCCCACCCUCCCCAGUCCCACCGUCCCCAGCAGCAGCAGCAGCAGGCAGCGGCUACUCCAAGACUACCUCCCGCGGCGGUGGCAGCUAGUGUCGCGGCUUGGGGGGCGGCUGAGGCUGGUGGUUGACCGAGGCACAGGGCAGCAGCUGGUGGUGCAGCGAGUGCACGUGGGGGGGAGGGGCGGGGGCGUGGGGGAGGGAGGGGCGCAGGGAGAGAGAGGUGUGGCGGGGCAGUCAGGGCAGUCGGAGAGAGAGCGGCAGAUGCACCAACGGGUUGCAUUGCUGCUGAAGCUCAAGCACGAGAACAUUGUGCCAUGUGUGGGGGCCAUUCGCACCACCGCCCCCUCCCCCGCCACGGGCAGCAGCAACGCAAGCGCCAGCCACAACAACAACAGCAUGAGCGGCACCGGCAAAGGCGGCGGCAUUCACCUGCUGUUUGCGGCGUUUGACUACGUGCCCGUGCCGUCGCUCUCCCACCAGCUCACUGAGUGCGGCCCCAUGCCUGAAGAGACCCUCGCCUUCUGCCUCCGCCAGGCAUCCCGCACGGCCGCGUGCGCACCAGCAGCGUGUUCGUUCAUUCCUGACAUGACAAUGGCCACUCAACUCAAGAAUGAACGCCCAUGCUCUCUCUCCCUCUGUCCCUGCCAGGUGGUUGAGGCACUAACAGCGUUCCACUCCCUCGGCAUCCCGCACGGCCGCGUGCGCACCAGCAGCGUGUUUGUUCCCGACGAUGGCGUUGUGAAGCUGGCUGGGACCUCGUUCCUGGAUGGAGAAGGGGAGGGAGGGGAGGGAGGGGAGGAGGGACGGGAGGAGGGAGGGGAGGGGGGAGCGGAUGGAGGGGAGGGGAAGGGAGGAAGCAAGGUGCCGUGGUGUUCGCCUGAGGAAAUCAGAAAGGAGACGGUGGGAGCGGCAGCAGACGUGUGGGCGGUGGGGUGUCUAGCAGUGCACAUGGCAACGGGAGCGCUACCAUGGGCGCAAGUGGGGGACGAGGACCAAGUGCGGCUCUUCAUUGCUCACAGCAGAGCACUGCCGGACCUGCCGCCCGAUUCCUCGCCGCAGCUCAUUGAUUUUGUCGCGACCUGUUUGGACCGGGAUCCGUCCCGCCGCCCGGCAGCCGCCCGGCUCGUUGACCAUCCUUUUCUAGCAGCAUGCUAG